UACAAUUAUUAAAGUAAUAUUUUGUUUUACCAUUUUAUUUAAAAAACCGUGCAAAUAUAAAUUGUUUAUUUUUACCAAUUAAUUAAAUAAAUAACUUCCAAUAUGGAUGCCGACCAACUGAAACAACUACAGGAGAAAAAUAUUCAGAAAUUUCCAAAAAUAUUGGAGCAAUUUAAUAAGGAAAAUGCCAACCUUUUCAAAUUUGAUAAAUUCCAUAAGAAUGAGUUGUGGAUAACUUUGUGGAAAAAGGUUUUCAACAUAUUGAAUGACGAAAGAUUGGAGGAGCACCACAUAUUGUGUUUAAAUACUGUACGCAUUUUAUCACGCGAUGAAGCGAGUCUUCUAAAGAACAACAUAGUAGAUGACAUAGGUUGCCUACUUAAGCUGGCACAUUUGACAAUGAGUAGUUCUUUGGUGGGAGAGCCCUCGCAGGAGCAGGAGUCGCCACGUUCCGUUAGUUCGCUGGAUGUGUUGGGAGACUUUAAUAUGGAUCGCGUGGUUGAGGCAUUGAAGUGUCUGUGCAACUUGGUCUUUCAAAAUGCUGAGAUACGACGAGAUUGUGUACGACAAAAUGUGGCAGAUCAAAUAUUCCAUAGAUUGUCGUCGUCUUUACAGGUUCCCGAAAAAAUAGAGUUGUUUGAUAUGAAGCUGUUGUUUUUAAUAACGGCUCUCGAAACUACUGUGCGUAGUCGUGUUCUAUUUGAACUUAAUGGCUUGACCUAUAUGACCGAGCUAAUGGACGAGAAGCUACGUAGUACACAGGAAUUCUCCGAGGGGCAGGUGGAUGUAAUUAUUGAAAUGCUUAAAGUUAUGUUCAAUAUAACGUCAUGUACGGAUAAAAGUCCCAGUGAGAAUGAAAUUCAAAGUCUUCAUUUGACUAGUGUUAUACGCGAUUUGUUGUUACGUUUCGGAGCCAUGAGAAAUGAACGUGAGCGUCAAGUGGUUUCCCAUUCUAUAGAUCUCCUAACUAAUAUUUCCAGUAGCUGUCUCAGUGAGCUAAUGCUAAAGUGUGAUGGUCCGUCCUCGUCGUCGUCUUCAUCCACGGAAAAUUGUCGUAUUUUUGAAAAUCGUAAUGUUACAGCUUUAGAUAUUAUACUCAACUUCCUACUCUACGCCCUCGAUGAUUUGGAAACGAACACUGCUUCAAAUAAGGAACAUGUACAGCCAGUUUUAACCAUUUUAGUGAAAUGUAUAUGUAGUAAUUCUACCAUGCGUCAUUAUGUUCGCAGCAUAGUCUUGCCACCCUUAAAAGACGUUUACAAACGUCCUGAGGAGGGUAACGAAUUGCGAAACUAUCUUUGUCGCCUGCUCAUGAAUCCCAACAUGGUAGUUCGCAACCUAUCCUAUGAACUAUUACUCGUUUGCUGUAAGAAAAAUCCCAGUCGUUUGAUAAAACAUUUCGGUUACGGCAAUAUGGCGGGUUUAUUUGCAAAUGCUGGUAUUUUGGAUUGUCGUAAACCAGAUACAAGUGAGUAUUCAUCGGAUAGUGAGGACAGCGAUACCGAAGAGUAUAAACGCAUUAAAAAUUCGGUCAAUCCAGUGUUAGGCUGUUAUAUGCCACCCACAAACAAUCCUUUAGACGGCAUGUCGGACGAGCAAAAAGAAUAUGAAGCUGAAAAAUUAGCCCAAUUGGUAGACAAACUUCACCGAGGUGGUAUUAUAAAACCAUGUCGCAUCAACGAAGAGGGUAAGCCAGAACCGGUUGAUCAUAUACUGCAGUUGCAGCAAGAAUUGCCGCAACAACAGGUACAACAAAAAGGUAAAGAUUAAAAUUAAAGUUGUAUUUAGAUUUAUUAAGUAUUAGUAGAUAUAAAACAAUAAAGGUCAUUUGAUAAAUAUUAAGCAGUUAUUAACAGUUAUAUGGAAAUUUAUUCUAU